AUGUUGGACACCAUCAUAAAAAAUGGACAUAUUGUCACUGCAACCGAAGUCCUUUCUUUAGGAAUAGAAAUUGGCAUCAAAGAUGGCAAAAUAGCGCUACUGGGCUAUGGUCUGGAUGCUGGUCCCGACACCACUGUCGUUGACGCCGAAGGGGCAUAUAUCACCCCGGGAGGUGUCGACUCGCACGUUCACAUACAACAGGACAACUCCCCUACCGGCGACACUUGGGAAACAGGGUCGCGCUCAGCUCUUGCGGGAGGCAACACUACGGUCAUCGCAUUUGCCUCACAGAAGCGCGACGAGGGCAGCAUCUAUCCAGCAUUAGAAGCCUACCACAAGAAGGCAACGGGAAACUCCUACUGUGACUACGGCUUCCACGUAAUCGUCACAAACCCCACCGAAAAGGUGCUGGAAGAUGAGCUCCCACAGCUCGUCCAGAAAGAAGGCAUAUCCAGCGUCAAGCUGUACAUGACCUACGAGCCAAUGAAGCUCGGCGACGCCGACCUCUUCAACGUGAUGAUGCGGGCGCGCAGCCUGGGCAUAACCACCAUGAUCCACGCCGAGAACAGCGACAUGAUCGCCGCCAUCACGGCGCGGCUGGCCAAGGCGGGCAACACGGGGACGUUCUUCCACUCCGUGGCCAGGCCGCAGAUCGCCGAGGCGGAGGCGACGUACCGCGCCAUCAGCCUCGCGGAGGUGACAGACGCGCCCAUACUCCUGGUGCACAUGUCCGCCCCGGGGGCCGUCCGGCACGUCGCCGACGCGCAGGCCCGGCUCCUCCCCAUCCACGCCGAGACGUGCCCGCACUACCUGUACCUCGUCAGCGAGCGCCUGAGGUCAGGGCCCAAGGACGUCGAGGGCUCCAAGAACAUAUGCGCGCCGCCGCUGCGGCAUGAUGCCGGCGACCUGGAGGAGAUAUGGCGCAGCGUGGCGAACGGGACCUUCACCACCAUCAGCUCGGACCAUGCGCCUGCUACGUUUGACCACCCGGGCGGGAAGAAGGGCAAGGCGAUGGAUACUGCCACUAUGGAUGAUCAUGGCUGUGUGCACUCUGACUUCCGGUUUGUGCCCAACGGGUUGCCGGGCAUCGAGACGCGGUUGCCUUUGAUCUUCAACAGGACUUUCGACCCUGCUGCCGGAUACCGCUUCCACGAUGACAAGAUCCGCAUAUCGCUGCCCCGAUUUGUGGAAUUGACUUCGACGAACCCUGCGAAGCUGUAUGGUCUGGGAGAUCGCAAAGGCAGUCUGCUGCCCGGUUUUGACGCCGACUUGGUGAUAUGGUACCCCGAGCGGGGCGAGGAAGCCCGAAAGGCGAUCAAGAUCAGCAAUGAUAUGCUUCACCACAGGAUCGACUACACGCCAUUUGAAGGCAUUGAGGUCCGCAACUGGCCCCGAUGGGUCUUUCUGAGAGGUAAGCUGGCCUGGGACAGAGACGAGAAGGGGGUCAUAGGAUCUAAAGCAGAUGGUGUUUUUUUGAAAAGAGGCAAGUCAAGCAUAUUGACGGGCCAAAUGGGAAGGCGUGGGACGGGCAUGAUGGAUGGGGAACGCGACUAUUGGGCAUAUAAUCCAUGA